AUGUUUCAUGCCGCGGCUGUGUCGAUGGCAGAGGAGCUGGAGGAGUGUCGUUGCCUGCUCGCCGAGGAGGCGAGUGAGCGCCACAGCCUGCUUGACGAUCACCAUGCUUCACUGCUGGGCCAUGCACGCCGCACUGCGGAGAGGGAGAUGGACGUGCUGCGAGGGGAACACAGCGAGUCCGUGACGCAGGCUGAUGCCCAUGCCCGUGCACAGCGGGAGGAGAUUGACGCCCUGCGUCUCGCCUUCUCGAGGCAGGAGCGCAACGUUGCGGAAUUCGCCGCCCGCACGACAUCCGCGUUCAGUGCCCAAUCUGCGGUGUGGCUGGACUUCUUCCGUGAAAAGUUGCAACUGCUGAUGGACUUCUCCGAGCGCCACGCUGCCGCGCUCCACACGAGCCACGCUGUGGUGUUGGAGGAGCUUGCGCGUGUCGAACGCGGCGCAGAGGCCCAGGUUCGAGAGGCACGCUCUCUCCUUGACGUGGAAACCGCGAGCUUCGCCGAGGCUCUGCGGCAGAAGGGUGAAGAAAUGGAGAGUGCCGCCGCACUCCAUGCGAAGGCGAUGCACGCGCAACAGGCGGCCAAGCGCCUGGAGCUGGAGACGGUGAGUCGCCGCGCGAAGCAGUACUUGGCCACCGUGGAGGGACGGCUGCACGACGCGUUACAGUCGGACGAGGGCAAGGUCGGUAUGCUUCUCCAGAUGAUGCACGACGAGUAUGAGAACCACGCUCGGCUGUUGGCGAGGCAGGCGGACGACGCAGCCGGGAGGGCAAAGGAGCUCCAGGAAGAACUUCACGCGGCAAACCUCCAGCAUCUUACGGGCAGCUGCGCAAUGGCGGAACAGCACAAGGGUGAACUUCGGCAGAUGGAGCUACUGCUGCAGCAAACAAGGGAAUCGGCGUGUGAGGCGCGGCAGCAACUCCAACAGAAGCACGAUGCGGAUGAGGAGAAGUUGCGGGGCAUAAUACGCGCCACGGAAAGCACGAGGGACGAUGCUGUUAAAAAGGCAAUGGAGGGCCUGCGGCUCCUACGGGCAGUCGAGCACCUGGUGGAAGGGAACAGCUCACUGUACAACGAACACACCGGCGCGCAAUGGGCCCUCCUCGGCACCGCCGUGGACAGCCUCCAGGCUGCGUGCUUGGCGUCUGCGGCAGCAAUGCGGCAGAGGCACGAGGGGGAGCUCCGUGGACUCCGGCAGGAGCACGAGGUAACAGUGCGCGUGCUGGAAAAGAAUCUUGCGAGCUUGCGGCGGAACCAAGCGGAGAUGUUUCAUGCCGCGGCUGUGUCGAUGGCAGAGGAGCUGGAGGAGUGUCGUUGCCUGCUCGCCGAGGAGGCGAGUGAGCGCCACAGCCUGCUUGACGAUCACCAUGCUUCACUGCUGGGCCAUGCACGCCGCACUGCGGAGAGGGAGAUGGACGUGCUGCGAGGGGAACACAGCGAGUCCGUGACGCAGGCUGAUGCCCAUGCCCGUGCACAGCGGGAGGAGAUUGACGCCCUGCGUCUCGCCUUCUCGAGGCAGGAGCGCAACGUUGCGGAAUUCGCCGCCCGCACGACAUCCGCGUUCAGUGCCCAAUCUGCGGUGUGGCUGGACUUCUUCCGUGAAAGUUGCAACUGCUGA